AUGUUUGGUGACACAUCCGAGCUAGUGCCAACUCCUUCGAACGAAGAGAGUGAAAGUGCUUCGAAUAAGAAAAAAAACUCUGAUUAUAAACUUGCUCAUCACGCUCAUAUCAAGCCGAUCAUGACGGGUGAUGUAAUUGACAUUAUUUUGCAUGCUGCAGGCUCUUUUAAUAUUGUGCUCAGUUUCGAUCAGAAGUUGGUUCCUUUCGCAGUAAUUUUCGAUUCCACUAAACAGCUCAUCUCAUUUCACUCGAACAAUCGUGACCAACACGAAAUCCCCGUUUCCAGAAUAUCUCCAUUCAGUGUGCCUGCAGAAGUAAUUAUUAGCAUUGAACUGCAAAAGGCUGGAUAUGAGGUUCUGCUUAUCGUAUUGAAAGAUUCCAUUUUCUGUUUUAGAUGUGGAUCAAUAGGACUUGGAGGAUUUUUUACGACCAUCGCAUAA